AUGGUUCUAAACCUCCUGUACAAUCCUAAUCACAACUAUAGGCUCUCUACUCAAACCAAUUCAACAGGCAAAAAGCUGCAUACAAUUACGCAGGAGCAAGUGCAAGACUAUACAACAUGCUGCAGUUGCAUAAGGUGUCUGCAUCAACUGAUUGUUCACCGGCUGAGGGAGAGCACAGGAAACGUCUAUGGCUUGCCGCCUGCCUUCGAGGUUGAUCAAACCGACCUUGCAUAUCCUAAGCAAACUCAAGAUUCACCAGAUGAGAUAGAGGAGUUCAGCGAUGCCGACUUUCUAACUGCCCGUAUAAAGCUUACUACUAUUCAAAUAAGAAAUUUGAAUAGCGCGUCUCACAUCGGCCUUGACGACGCAUAA